UACAUUUUAACCUUUAACCUGCUUUUGCGUGGGUCCAAUACAAUGAGUCCAACAUGUCAUAAAACAUGAUAAUUUUCUUUGUGUAAAAGGCCAUUAUUUGCCCUCCAUGCAUAAUAUUUCUAAAAAUAGCAUCCCGAAGCCUAUCUGCUGUCCACAGCUGUUUAUUCUUCCUUCCAUUUUUUUUUUUUUUUUUUUAAAUGGGGCGUGACAGUAAAAAGGGUGUGCAAGAGGAUGACAGUAGCAUUGGAAGUGCAGAGGAAACAUGGUCAAACACAUGUUUGCUUAUCUCCUCCUUCUAUGGUCACUCGGCCUGUACAUAACCGGGAAAAUGGAUGACGGUCCAAAGGAGCAAUCUUGGAGAAACCAGAACCUUGAUUCCAUCCCUCCGGAUUUGGAUGUACGAUUGAGAAGCCUUGACCUGUCCAAUAACUUCAUCAGACGGCUGCACAAAGUUGAUUUGCCGUACUUAGAGCAGCUGGACUUCAGCAGCAACCAGCUGGAGCUCAUCUCUGAGGGAGCUCUAAGAGACCUGGCUGUGCUUGAGAAGUUGAAUCUGUCCAUGAAUGCACUGAACACCAACCUUGACAGAAACAGCAAAGGCCUACAAUCCAUCGGUGGACUGAAGAGUUUGGACAUAUCUUGGAAUAACUUGGGGAACGAAGCAGUCAAACUGUAUCUACGAAACAAAUCCUCUCUUGAGCAACUGAAGAUGAGUGGGAAUUCUUUAACAUGGCUUACACACGACUUGUUCAAAGAGAGUGAAAACCUCAGGAGCAUUAAUAUCGAUGCCAAUCUGAUAUCAGCGAUUGACAAAGGAACAUUCGAAGCGCUCGGAAAACUAGAAAAGCUGAACCUGGCUAAAAAUAACCUUGCUCACAUAUGUGAUUUUAAAUUACAGCGAGUUCAAUAUUUGAAUCUAAGUAGAAAUUCCAUCGAGUUCUUUGUUACCGCUGAGGAUAACCACAUGUACUCUCUUGAAACACUUGACCUUAGUCAUAACAAACUGCUUUAUUUCCCCAUUCUCCCAAAACGUAACCAAUUGAAAUUCCUUUAUUUGCAACAUAAUGUUGUGGGCACUUUAACUUCAGAGGAAUCGAUGGUAUCAGAGACUAAUGCCCUUUAUAACGAAGUGGUCAGAAUGAAUGAUGUGAGAAUCGGAAAAAAUCAUCUCCACUCAACCUGGAGACUGAUGCCACUGCUCCAUAUUGACCUCAGCCAUAACCACUUCACAUCUUUUCCACUGGAAACAUUGAGCCUUCUCUCAACUUUGGAAGGGCUCGAUUUCAGUUUUAACUGCGUGCAAAAGCUCACAUGGAACGUCCGACAGGAGAGUGCAUCUAAAUACUACAGGCAGCUUUAUUUUCCCUCCUUAAGGUACCUGAACAUGCAAAGCAAUGGACUCGUAUCCAUUUCACCACUCUUUCUCAAAGCGCUCACACAAGUCGAGACAAUAAAUCUCCGAGACAACGCGGUGCAGCCUUGCGCUCCCGUGGGCCAAAUGCCCAGCUCCUUAUCAUCACAGCAACUCAACUUGAACUCAUCCUGUAUAGCCUUUGGAAAAUUAAAAACUCUCAAACAUCUGAGCCUUGAAAACAACGACAUCAAGAGUCUUCCGGCAAAUGCAUUUCGGGAAAGUUCUUUGGUGUCUCUCAACCUAGCUCGAAAUUCUCACAUGAUCAUGCGAGUUGACUCAUUGGAGGACAUAAAAGAAACUCUUCAGUCGUUGACGAUCAGUGAAUUGAAUGUGACCAAUUCCGAACUGUUUUUGCCCUGCAUGCCACUGCUAAUGCAUCUGAACAUAUCCAACAAUCGUCUAACUGCCUUACCGCAUAAUUUAAAUUGCUCUCCUCUGAGAGAACUCAGCAUAAGGAAUAAUGCCUUUGUGUCUGUAAACUACUCGUUGAUUCUGGCGUUAUCAGCACACCUCCAUGUUAUGUAUUUCAGUGGAAAUGACUUAACCUGUUGUGACAGUAAUUGGCUGAGCGCCCUGAAUAAUUCCAGGAUUAAAAUGCCUGAUAUUGAUCUCACCAAAUGCGUCACCGAUGACAGCAGUAUCCCUAUCGAAGAGUAUUUGAAAAGUUCUUCACUGUAUUGUUCGCACCACAUAAAAGGGAUUCACUUGGGACAAAUCUUUAUUGUUAUUUUGUUUGUAACUGUCUUCAUAACAGUUUUCAUGAUGUUCGCUCGAAAAAUAUGUUGCCUAAAAAAGUCAUUCGGAGUGUGACAAAACCGUACAGUUGUAAUAAGAUUCAAGACAAACCCGGAUCAAAAAUAUUCUCAGUUUGAAUUGACACUGUAAAUUAAAUUACUUAACAAGAUGUUUAUUCUUGCAUCUGUUAAAGCAACAUGAGUACACUGGGAGUCUACUGGAUGAACGGUGGUGGUGCUGCGCUGUCCAGCCCCACUUAUUCGGACUGUGAACCCGCGCCAAGUUUGACUGACUACAUGCAGGACCUUCAAAAGAGUACAGAAGACCCAGGACUCCUGACUUACUUUUUUUUUUAACUCACAGUGGCCAUUAACCUGAAAUUUUCGGGGUGCAAAUAGUUGGGGCGCACACUGUAAAUCGAUUUGCAAAAUAAAUACCGGUAAUAAUUCCCCUCAUUUUCACAAAAUUACUGAUAAAUGGACUGAGUUCAUCAGCAACGGCAAAUAUUCAAGAAUAGUAAAAAAAGAUUGUUUGAAAUGUUUCCGGUGAACGCACUCACCAUGUUUCAGCACUCCAUCCAGGCCCACCACUUUUGAGGUUGGAACUUCCUGUCUCAGAGAAUGGUGAGGAGCCUGACAAACCUGUAGAGAAGCAGAAGAAGGGAUUUCACUUGUAUCGUGCUUUUCUACCUUCGGUAAUCAAAGUGCUUGAACACCAUUUCCACAUUCGCCAACUGACGCAGCAUCAGAGGCAACUGGGGGCUCAGUAUCUUGCUCAAGGACACUUGGACAUGGUCACAAAGCCAUGCCUCCCCGAUAAUACCAAAUAUACAGUUGAUAAAGUAUAUCAACUGUAUAGAAAAAAUUAAUCAGCCAAAGCAGUCAGAAGACGUCAGGGUGUCCCAGUACUUGCACAAGUGAGUGGAAUCGUACAGGUGAAGUAGCAGGAGCCGAAGCAAUGGAUUUGACCGCUAGCGCUACGCACAGCUUGUCUGGCUAGUCAUCACUUGUUAUGACAGUUUGUUUUAAUGUUUUACAGUGGUGUGACAGUCAAGAAUUGCCACGACUCACCCGAGCAUUAUGACGUCACCAUUUGGCAUUCAUGUUGUUGUUGUUGCUUUUUCAAUGAGAUUACCUGUUCAUUUACGAUCACCAGCAGGUAAACUCGACUGGUAAAAAUGUUCAAAUGUUUGUUUUAACAUGUGCAGUCAAUAAACAUUUUAUGGGCAGCAGUUU